AUGGCCAGGCAAAGUCUACGCAACGACCCGGGCUUUUUCUUCAUGAUUAUUCACGCCCCGCGGGAGCCCAUCGCCAUCAUCGGCGCAGGCUGCCGUUUCCCAGGUGGUGCGAGCUCGCCAUCAAAGCUAUGGGACCUCCUUCGCGAGCCUCGCGAUGUCUCCAAGCGGAACCCCGACUCCAGGUUUGACCCUGCUGGAUUCUAUCACCCAAAUGGCGAGCAUCACGGUGCCAGCAACGUUACCAAGUCGUAUUUCCUCGAAGACGACCCGAGGCUGUUCGACUCCGUCUUCUUCAACAUCACACCAAGGGAAGCGGAGGCGAUUGAUCCCCAACAGCGGGUGCUGCUCGAGACCGUCUACGAAGCUAUGGAGUCGUCUGGUCUCACGCUCCAAGCUUUGAGGGGCAGCCAGACGUCCGUUUACGUCGGACUGAUGACAUCGGAUUAUACGGAUACCCAGGCCCGUGAUCCCGAGAACUUCUCGCAGUAUAUGGCCACGGGAACUUCGAGAGCCCUGAUAUCCAACCGCCUGUCCUACUUCUUUGACUGGAAAGGACCUUCAAUGACGAUUGAUACGGCGUGUUCUUCCAGUCUGACUGCAAUCCACCUGGCAGUUCAAAGCCUACGAAGUGGCGAAAGCACAGUCGCCUGUGCUGCUGGCGCCAACUUGCUCCUGACCCCGGACUUGUUCAUCGCGGCAACAAGUCUUCACAUGAUCUCGCCAUCCGGGAAGUCUCAAAUGUGGGACGAAGGUGCUGACGGAUAUGCGCGGGGUGAGGGGUUAUCAGCUGUCUUUCUGAAAACUCUGUCCCAGGCGCUCCGAGAUGGCGAUCGGAUCGAAGGUCUCAUCCGAGAGACUGGUUUCAACUCAGAUGGAGGGACACAGGGCAUUAAGCUUCCAAGUCCCGAGGCCCAGGCUGCAUUGAUUCGGGCAACGUACCGGAACGCUGGCUUGGAUCCAGUGUCUGACCGUCCCCAAUACUUCGCAGCACACGGUACAGGUACUCAGGCUGGUGACCCCAGAGAAGCAUCGGCCAUCAGCCAAGCCUUCUUCCCACCCGACAAGAUUCAUGAAGACGGAGCGAAACUCCUCGUCGGGUCCAUCAAGACCAUCAUAGGGUACACAGAAGGCUGCGCUGGCGUUGCUGGCGUGUUGAAGGCUGUCCUAGCAAUGAGAAAUCGAACAAUUCCACCGAACCAACACCUGCUAAACCUCAACUCAAGCGUGGCACCGUCUUAUAAGCAUCUGUUGGUGCCGACUACAGCGACUCCAUGGCCGCCAGUCCCUGCUAACCACCCCCUCCGUGCGAGCAUCAAUAGCUUUGGCUUCGGUGGUACGAACGCCCAUGCCAUUGUGGAGACAUACGAGCCGACUGUCCACGAUAUCGGACCAUGGGGAAUCAAGUCGAAAUUGUCGAAUCAGGACCCCGUUGAUGAACCAGACGCCCAGAGUCAUCGUGAUUUCACUUCCGUACCUCUGGUUCUCUCCGCCAACUCCGAAUCGGCGCUUGUCGCCAUGGUCGAGAGAUACAUCGAGCUUGCCCAGGGAGACGACAUCUCACUCGGUGCUUUGGCACAUACGCUGUGCAAUCACCGUAGCACCUUGCCCCAGAAAGUGUUCUUCUCCGGCCCUACGAAGGGUGAAGUCCUUCAAGCAAUGCGGACAACACUGGACAAGGUUAAAGGGGCCCAGGGAGUACUCAUGGGCUCGAGGUCUUUAUUCACCAGCGAGGCAGGGUCCGGGACGAAGUCACGGGUGCUCGGCGUCUUUACCGGUCAAGGCGCCCAAUGGCCUGCCAUGGGUAAAGCCAUCAUCCAGAGCUCGCCGGUCUUCGGGCGCAUUAUCCAGGACCUGGAAGAAUCGCUGGGCCAACUUCCUGAUGCGCCUGGGUGGUCGCUGAGAGAGGAGUUGUUAGCCCCGGCCGCCAGCUCUCGCCUUGGUGAAGCGGCUCUGUCCCAGCCACUUUGCACGGCUAUCCAGAUCGGCUUGGUAGACCUCCUCAAGCACGCAGGCGUGUCGUUCGAUGUUGUCGUCGGCCAUUCAUCGGGCGAGAUUGGUGCAGCAUAUGCCGCAGGUCGUUUCUCUGCAAGCGACGCCAUCCGGAUUGCUUAUUACCGGGGAGUCCAUGCCCAGCUUGCUCAAGGAAGCAGAGGCCAGAAAGGCGCCAUGAUAGCCGUUGGUUUCGGCUUCAAAGAGGCCUUACAAUUUUGCAACUCGUCCUCAACGAAGGGCCGUCUUGCUGUAGCAGCGAGCAAUUCACCGGGUAGCGUCACUCUCUCCGGAGACCAGGACGCCGUGGACGAAGCGAAGCAGGAACUUGACGGCAAGGGACUGUUAUCACUCCCAUCACAUGCAAGCGUGUGGCGAGGCUUACAUGGCCUCCUUGCGGUCGUGCAACAUCCAAAUACGCGAACUUCAGUCUCGGUGUACCUGGAUUUCAAGCGUCAGCCCGGGACUCGAGAUGGGGAAUGA